AUGAGUAGACUGGAGGAGACGUCUCGGAGACGUGCCACACACGCUGGGUCGUGGUACCCGUCCGAUGGUGGCCAGUUACGGGACACAGUGUUCAAGCACCGCGGGCAGGGCCCUAGGGCCGGUGCUCGAGUCGUAGUGGCUCCCCACGCAGGGUACAAGUACUGCAGCAGUGUUCUGUGGCCCGCGUACGAGUCGCUGGACACGUCGUGCCCAGGGUCAUCACACCUCCGCGUGUUUGUGUUGGGACCAUCGCACCAUGCGUACUUCAAGGAUACGUUCCUUGUGUCUGGGUACAGCGAGUUGGAUACACCACUGGGGCCACUCCCAGUGGACACAGAGUACUGUGAGUCUCUGGUACAAGGCGGCGGUCCCUUCAAGAGGAUGAGUGAGGCGGUGGACCUUGCGGAACACUCGCUCGAGAUGCAGUACCCUGCGCUGAGGUGUCUACUGGAGCAGCGAGGGUUGUCCUCGGGGGCCAGGGGUGCGCAAGUCGUCCCCAUCAUGGUCUCGCAUGCGUCCCGGGAGAAGUACGCCUCGCUCGCGGCGGUUCUUGCGGAACAGUUGGCCUCGCAGCGGGCCAUCGUCGUUGUGAGCAGCGACUUCUGCCACUGGGGGCGAAGGUUCGAGUACACAGGGUACGUGGGCUCCCAGGAGGAGCUCACUACGGCUCUGGCGGAGGAGACCGAGGUCGAGGAGCUCACUGCGCGCAGCAAGCUGGCACACCACCGUCUGCCGAUCUGGCAGUCCGUCGAGUUGCUCGACCGCGGUGCUAUGCACGUUCUGGAGAGCAACGACCUGGAUAAGUGGACGGAGUACCUCGCCAUCACGGGGAACACCGUCUGUGGGAGGAACCCGCUGUGUGUGCUCCUACUGGCAUUGCAGCAACACCGUGGGGGUGCUCCGCACUGGGAGUGGGUCAAGUACGCGCAGAGCAGUAAAGUCCAAGACAUAACGCAGAGCAGCGUCAGUUACGCGUCCGCAUACAUCAAACUGCCCAGCGUCUAG